UUUAUUGGUGGUAAAAUGUCCACGUCAGAAUCUGGUGUGGGAUGUAUUAGUGAAGUAACACUUGCAAUUAGUAAAGCAAGAAGUUCUCAAUCAGGCGCAGUAAGAGUAUUGGAUAGUCCGGACUCUGAUGGAUCUGGCCAUUCAAAUUCAUUUACUGUACAGAGAUUUAAUUAUCCUGAUAAUGACAAUGCAAAUUCAGAUAUUUUACAUCCUCCAUUAACUAGUGAUGAUGUGAGAAUACCAAUUGUUGGAUAUGAAGUUAUGGAAGAAAGAGCAAGGUUUACGGUUUAUAAAUUACGGGUGGAAUUAAAAAAUGGAGACUGUUGGUUUGUAUUUAGAAGAUACACAGACUUUGUUCGUUUAUUGUCACAGUUAAGAAGGCAAAAGAUUCCAAUUUCACAAUUAAGUUUACCAAGAAAAAAAUGGCUUGGGGAUAACUUUGCUCCAAGUUUUCUAGAAGAAAGAAUACGGGGUCUUCAAGCAUUUGUUAACGGAAUAUUAAGUAAUCCUCUUCUUAUAGGAACUGCAUGUGUCAGAGAAUUUUUUUGUUUAGAUGAACCACCUGCUUUAUCUGACACAGCAGAAGAAUCUAGAGCAAUUUUUGAAGCAUUAGAAGAUACUAUAUAUCACUUAAGACAGCAAUUAAGGGAAAGAGAUGCUGCACUUGCAGCUGAAACAGCUCUGUGUAAUGAAUUUCGAAAAAAGUUACAUCAAAUAUUAAGGUACAAAAAUAAGGUACAGUGAUAUUCAUGAUAAACGGUAAUUAUCUAAAAUAUUAAAUUAAUAUUUCAGUGAAAGACAGACUUGUCCAAAAUGUGGAGUAUCUCAGCAAUAA